AUGUCAUCGGCGGAGGAUUUGAAGAAGGUGAAACCGUCUGCCCGGCACGAUCUGGACGAUGCCUCACUGGGCAAAUGGCUACUACAGGAUGGUAAGAUUGCCGGAUUGAAGUUGCCGGUAGUGUCGACGAAGAUCGGCUACGGGCAGAGUAACCCGACUUAUUUCGUGGAUGAUGCCAGUGGAACACGCUUCAUUCUGCGCAAGAAGCCGUCCGGCACCAUCAUCUCCCCGGUCGCGCACCAGGUGGAUCGUGAGUUCCGAGUCUUGCAAGCACUUGGCACCGUGCCCAACUUCCCCGUGCCCCGCGUCUACUCGCUGUGCAUGGACACGUCUGUCAUUGGCACGGCUUUCUAUGUCAUGGAGUUUGUUAAGGGGCGCAUUAUCACGGACCCAUUCCUAGGCGAGCUGUCGCCGGAAGAGAGAAAAAAGGCGUGGUUUUCGUUUAUUGAGACGCUGGGGUGGUUGCACAGUAUUGAGCCGGACGCAAUAGGGUUGCAAGGGUAUGGAAAGAAGACAGAGUUCUAUAGGAGGCAUUGCCGCACAUAUGCGCGUAUUGAGGAGCAGCAGGCCAAGGUCAAGGAUGUGAAGACGGGGAAAGAGCUGGGAAGGGCUCAUGAGAAGUUUGAUGAGAUUGUGGACUUUGUGAGGAGCCAUGCGCCGGGGGAGAGAUAUGCGAUCGUUCAUGGGGACUUCAAAUUCGAUAACCUGGUUCUACAUCCAACGGAGCCGAGAGUGAUCGCGAUUUUGGACUGGGAGCUGUCGACUAUUGGGCAUCCGCUUAUGGAUUUGGUCUAUGCCGUAGGACCAUUCUGGAACACGCAAACAUCCACCGGACAUCCAGGGGCGGAGAGUGAUGAGUCGCCCUUCAGCCCACAGAACAGAUCAAAAAGUGGAAUGCCUGACCCGGAAGAGCUGUUGAAUCGCUAUUGUGAAAUCGUCGGAUUCGACCCAAGGAAGGACGGCGGAGGAAGGGACUGGGAGGUAGCUAAGGUCUUUCAUUAUGUGAGAGGGGGAACGAUUGCGCACGGAAUCCAGGCCAGGACAAUCAGUGGACAGGCGAGUUCUGAUUUUAGCCAUGUGUACUUUGAGAACACGAGGAGGAGUCUGAACGCGGCGCUGAAGAAGGUUGAGGAGUUGAAGGAUAACGAACGGCGGAAGGCCAAGCUAUAA